GCUGUGGGAAUAGGGUGGGAUCAGACCUGGGAUUAAGGCAAUCACUUAAUAGUUUUGUACUUGCUUAUGAAUCAAACUGAGUUCACUUACUGGAGAAUGGGUUGAAGUGGGUGGAAGGAAGGACCUGUGCAAGGUUGUCACCCUUGUCACAACAGAGGGGUGAAUUUUUAACACUGAUACUGAUGCAUUAAUGUAUUUAUGGAUGGGUACUAGAGCAGGUCUAGGCAGAGCUGCAGUUUAAGAUCGGGAUUAGGGGAGGGGAACAGCCCCCUGCCCUCCUAAAUGAUUUUCCCUAAUCCCAGUGCUGCUUUGUGUUAACAGACAGGAGUCUCCUUCCUCACUCACGUGGCUGCUGAAUGACCAUAAAAGAAACCUUAAAAAUCAAUAACCCACCACAAAAAAAAAAACCCUCAAACACUAAAAGAAGCCCCCCUUGCAAGCCUGGGUGGAGGGGUUUGCGGGUGGUCCCGGUGCCAGAAGGCGAAACGCGUUUUAACCUCUGCGUUUGUAGUUGCUGGAGAAGGAAAUGCCCCUUUUCUUACAGAACGGGCCAUCCACGUGGGGCAGGGCCCGGAAGCGCUUCCCGAGCCCGCAGCACCUCCGGGUCGGAUCCCCCGGGAUGGCCGGGGCGGCGGGGCCGCUCCUGAUCCUGCUCCUGGUCGUGCUGUGCUGCGGGGCUCAGCGCGCUCCCGGGAAGGAUGAAGGCAUGGUGCAGCUGCCCGGAGGGACGUUCCAGAUGGGAUCCAGCUCCCUGGAGAGGAGGGGCGAGGAGGGGCCCGUCAGGGAGGUGACGGUGAAGCCGUUCGCUGUCGACAAACACCCCGUCACGAACAGGGAUUUCAGGGAGUUUGUUAGAGAAAAGAAAUACAAAACAGAAGCAGAAGCGUUUGGCUGGAGCUUUGUCUUUGAGGAUUUCGUGUCCGAGGAGCUGAAAAAAAAAGUCACCCAAAAACUGGAGUCGGCCCCGUGGUGGCUGCCCAUCGAAAAGGCUUUUUGGAGACAGCCCUCAGGCCCUGGCUCCAGCAUAAAGGACAGGCUGGAUUACCCGGUGCUGCACGUGAGCUGGAAUGAUGCACAAGCUUUCUGUGCCUGGAAAGGGAAGAGGCUCCCGACAGAGGAGGAGUGGGAAUUUGCUGCCAGGGGAGGACUGGAGCAAAGGCUGUAUCCCUGGGGAAACAAGUUCCAGCCAAACCGUACAAAUCUGUGGCAGGGCGAUUUCCCGCGGGUGGACACGGCUGAGGACGGUUAUCACGGCGUCUCACCAGUGACAGCAUUUCCCCCUCAGAACAGCUAUGGUACAUCCUCCCCCUGCUCUGGGGGAUCUGCUUCCUAAAUCAACACUUGUUAUAAAAUGGUUUGAAUGUUGUGCCCCCUCUCGCACCCCAAAGUGCUUCUGCAGCCCUCACAAAUGUGCUCUUGUAAUCCUGACACAAAACCAUCCCUGUCUCAG